AUGCUGGUGCUAGUCCUGUGGUUUGGAUCACAAGGGUCGUUUGACAUCCUUGUUGUUGCACAUGAUGCACAGGGAGGCUCAACGGCCCUCAUUUGGGCAGCACUAAAUGGCCGCAUGAGCACAGUGGCGUUGCUGUUGGAAAAUGGCGUAUCGGUGGACCACGCUGACGAGUUCGGCUCAACGGCCCUCGUGGCAGCAGCACACAAUGGCCACACGAGCACAGUGGCGUUGCUGUUGGAAAAGGGCACAUCAGUGGACCACGCUGACAUGCAUGGUUCAACGGCCCUGAUUUGGGCAUCACGGAAUGGUCACACGAGCACGGUGGCGCUGCUGCUGGAAAAGGGCGCAUCGGUGGACCUGGUCAACGUGCACGGCUCAAUGGCACUCGCUUGGGCAGCAAACAAUGGUUGCAUGAGCACUGUGGCACUGCUGUUGGAGAAGAGUGCAUCGGUGGACCAGGCUAACCAGGAUAUCUCAACAGCCCUCAUAUGGACAGCACGGAAAGGCCACAUAAACACUGUGGCGUUGCUGCUGCGAAAGGGCGCCUCGGUAGCCCAGGCUGACGAGGGGGGCCACUGA